UAAACUGGUGAAGAUGAAGUCCCACCACCGCAGGCCCCGGUACGCCGCUUCCGCUGCCUCCGCCGCUACUGCUGUAGUAUACGCCGUUCAGAGCGACCAACCCGUGGAUGAACACGGCUCCAAAUUUACUGAAAUUCCAAUUAAUUCCACCACUGACUGGCAACCACCGCCGGAGCCCGUACCGGUAACUGUUCGCAUUUCUGCUAAUUCGCAUCCCCGAGAAUCCUCUGCCGCUGUUAAGAUACAGUCAGCCUACAGAUCUCACGUGGUUCGCAUCCUUGUCGGGAAGAUCUCUGCUGUCAAUCGCGAAGCGAAUUACUGGCAGAGGCUCAUCCAACGCCAGGAGACGGUUGAUGCUGUACGUACCAGCCAGAGGGAACGAAUUAAGAUCAAUGAGGCAUUGAUGGGAUUGUUAUUCAGGCUUGACUCUGUUCCUGGGAUUGAUCCCAAUGUCAGGGAAAUAAGAAGGCAUGUUAGCCGCAAGAUUGUUGGGCUGCAGGAAAUACUGGAUGCAGUUUCGGAUGCUAGACUUGAUCAUUGGGAAGGGUUUCUGAGGGAUUGGGAUGAUGUUGUUGAAGGGAUCGAGAGAGACGUUUGCAACGAAAGAGGUGGGGGAUAUGAAAUGGAGAAGUUUUGUGCAGAACAUUUGGGUUUUCAGUGUCUGCAAAGGUUCCUUCGCGACCAGUGAUCUUAGGUACUUACACGUAUGAUAUGUCUUCCUGGUUUUGUACGUUCAUGAAUAAACUAUAUAUAUGCUGUAAGUAAUCCUUUUCCUGCCUGUACAAUAUUGUGCACUAAGUUGUUGCUUCCUUAUCAUUGAACUUGUAUUUAACUGCUGAAUGGUUAUUGUUGGUGUAAGAAAAGAUCUAUAGUUUCACAUUCUUUUGAAGUUCGGGAGGAUAUUUACUACUGUAUUGAGGACUGUAUAUUUGAAUGAAAUAUAGAUACUUUUAUCAUAGAAAAUCAUUCCAAGAUCAUUAACUUAUGUGAUAAUUUUUUUGAGAUGAUUUAUAGGUUCCUCUUUGCACAAUGAAACUUGAGACUAGCAUCACAGUUUUUAUGAGAUCUACUACUGCUGCAAUAGUUUAGAUCUAUUAUUCCACAUUAUUCUUAAUGCUAUCUUGUCUCGUCUAACAGAUGCAA